AUGCAGAUCCUAAACCAAAUGAGACUCACACGAGGCGCGCCAACAAGCCUGUUGGUAAGUCGCUGCCGCCAAGACAGUAUGGCCCGCACUACAAGAUCAGCUAUCUUCCUUCAACACGAGUCCAAGGGUAUGGCAACCAACACAAAGGAUCAUGAACAUGAUACCAAAAGGUCAUCGAAAGCCGAUCCAAACCAAGAAGAUUCGAACAGCAAAGUUAAAUAUAAACUGCCCAUGCCGUCCUCCGUAGCUGAUGAAACCAAAAGUCAUGAUGAAUACUACAGCCUCAAAAUGCACCGUGAAGGACCUAAUACCGAGAGUGGCGAAUUGGACUCUAAAUCAAAAUCGAAAGAAGUCAAGGACCAUAAUAAAGCCAUGGGUAGCCGUUAUGAUAAGCGCUAA